UGUAGGCCCCUUGCAGGCCAGGGUCAUUGAGGACUGCAGUGAGGUUAAGGACCGCCAGGCAGGCCUGGGCCAGGAAGAGAAAAUGUUCUCUUCCCCUUAUCUCAUGUUGCAAGUUCUGAAUGCCUGGAUCAGCAGGAAGUGGCUCUUGCCUAGAUUAGAGGUGUUCCUUCGUAAGACAAGAACAUGCUGUCUCCAGAGGAAGGGUGGCUAAGAGAAUUCUUUAAUGUAUCUUUCUUCAAGGAUGUUAGUUUAAUCCCAUUAUGUACUGAAAGUACACAUUGUUAUGUUUAUCUGAUUGCUGCAAGUAUAUAGCCGUGUGGGAAAUAAACGACAGCAUGCAGUUGCAAGUGCUGCCUUUGCUCUGCAUCCCCUGUGUCCUGGUUCUUUCUCAACCCUUACCCAGGGACCCCAACGCACUAGACGUUGACAAUUGGCGCCCGAACAGGGACCCUGAAGGACGUUCAGGAAGGAGGAUGGACGGACCUGUUCCUGGCUCCCCGCGAGAUGGAUCCGGUCGAGGACCAAUUCGAACGGCACCGUAUCCCGCCAGACGACGGAUGGGGAAUCCGGACCAGGAUGAGCUUCCGUUACAAGCCAUGGCACACCUGAAAAUUUAUUUUUGGCUUGCACACCUGAAAAUUUAUUUUUGGCUAUGUGUGCCUUACUUACUGUAUCAUCUUCAGCCGAGGCGACAAAUGAUACUGCCGCGGAGCCAAUGGAAUGAGUCAAUGGUGAAUUAUCAAUUGAUGGCCUGGGGAGAUGGCGGCAUCGCAGACCCUCGUAUAUCACAUCAGAAAUUUCCUGAUCAUAUUCAAACGCACUUAUGGAAAAUUGCAGCUGCGCUUAAGACUGUUCAAAUGUACAAUGGAGCUUUUUCUGGCACAGCAAAUUCUGCAUCAACUUAUAACUUCACCAUGUUUAAAGAAAUGAAUGUGACUGCAUGUGUGCCUUUACCAUAUUUGUUUCUGAUAGGGAAUUUUAGCUUUGAUAAUGGAAUUAACUGUAUCAAAUGCCGAUUAUACUCUUGUGUUAAUAGUUCUAUAGAAUUUAAUCUCUUAUGAUUUUGCAACAAUGUUCUCAUAUUUGGGUUCCGGUAAAUUUAGAACGACCGUGGGCGCAAAAUCCCGUAGACGCCUUGGUUUUAGAAUUUUUCAAGAAGGUGUUAAAACGCACGAAACGUCUUGUUGGCAUUGUUGUGGCCAUUAUUUUAAGUCUAAUCACAGUUACCACGUUAGCCGCGGUGUCAGGUAUAGCAUUACAUACAUCUUUACAAACUAAACAUUUUGUGGAAAAUUGGCACCGUGACUCUCGGGAUCUUUGGCUUUCACAAACUAUGAUUGAUACUCGCUUACAAACACAAAUAGAUGUCCUUAGACAGACUGUGAGUUGGUUAGGAAAGAAGGUCUUGACGCUAGAGAGGCAAAUUUGGCUGCGUUGCGAUUGGAAUUCCACAACCUUUUGUGUUACCAAUUUAAGAUACAAUGAGUCACAGCAUGAUUGGAGCAUCAUCCAAAGAUACUUAGAAGGUAACUCGUCAGCGACUGACAUGAUUAAUAAUUUACAUACAAAUAUUCAGGAAGUGUUUGGUAGACCCUUUGAGACUGAAGAUGCUGCCACGUUGGCCGAUUUAUUCCUUAAACAACUUGAGGGACUGGAUCCUAAAGGUAUUAUUCAGAGUUUGGGGCACACUGCAGGAGGAAUGGGGUUCGUACUACUGGUUAUUAUCUUAUGCUUCAUGCUGUUACAUCUCUGCUAUUUAAAGCCAUCACAGAAUUCUGUGGCCACCCUCUGGAAGGCAGUUUUAUUAAAACAAAAGAAAAAGGAGGGAAUUGAGAUGGCAUAGGCUUGUAGGCCCCUUGCAGGCCAGGGUCAUUGAGGACUGCAGUGAGGUUAAGGACCGCCAGGCAGGCCUGGGCCAGGAAGAGAAAAUGUUCUCUUCCCCUUAUCUCAUGUUGCAAGUUCUGAAUGCCUGGAUCAGCAGGAAGUGGCUCUUGCCUAGAUUAGAGGUGUUCCUUCGUAAGACAAGAACAUGCUGUCUCCAGAGGAAGGGUGGCUGAGAGAAUUCUUUAAUGUAUCUUUCUUCAAGGAUGUUAGUUUAAUCCCAUUAUGUACUGAAAGUACACAUUGUUAUGUUUAUCUGAUUGCUGCAAGUAUAUAGCCGUGUGGGAAAUAAACGACAGCAUGCAGUUGCAAGUGCUGCCUUUGCUCUGCA